AUGCCUCCUGCCCGUCGUGAACGUGUUCGACGUUCUGCACGCCUCAAAUCUAAUGCUCCAUUGGACUCGAGGGCAAUGGACGAUGCAUCAACCUCUCGAGGACCGCCCAAAGAAUCAUCUGGACCACAACUAGCUAUUCAGUGGCAAAGCGACCGCACUCUGACUGAUACAUUGGUAAAUUACCUGACGACUCAAGCUGCUGAUUGUAGGGUCCUAUUUUACUCUGAUGGGAAAAAAGCAAUGGCCGCUGUCGACGACCAUCCAUCGGGGUCGGAUAAAGGCCAAAUCUACCAGAAUAUCGCCAAGCUCUUAUUUGCAGGCCACCCUAAGUAUGGUGCCGCAUACACCAUCAAUCCCAAAAAAUUCCGCAACGCAGUUGGCAACCGUAUUGGAAGGGGUAAAUACAAGAAACUUAAGGCGACAUUUAGCAGCACCGGCGCUGGUGUGAUGCCGGCUGAAGGGACCCAAGCAAAGAAUCUAUUAGCACUUUCGGAGCUGCCAUGGUACACGGAAUUAGAUGCAAUUUGGCAUUCUAAUCCGUCCAUGGCUGCAGUAACCCACUCCUCAAAGCCGGGCGUUGAUCACGCCGGCGCACUAUAUUCACUUGUUCAAUCGCGUGGUGGGGCUGGUCCCCCCACACACUUCGGCAAUACUUCGCAAUGGUCACCUCACGCUCCCACAUAUCCCUCACCUUCCAGUACUGCGCCUUCACAUUAUGGCCAAGCAUACUCUCCUGGCCCUCAUAUACCUCAUUACACAAAUACCAUUGAAACACCUCACGCUGGGAGUUCGCAAUUCGCUCCUGCUCCUGCUCUCACUUCGGCUCCUGCUCCCCUCACUCCAGCUCCUGCUCUCACUUCGGCUCCUGCUCCCCUCACUCCCACAUAUUACAGUGACCUAUCUCCGUAUAAUACGAGGGAACGGACAUGCAUAAUAUCCCGUAUGAUACGGGCCAGCGGACCAUGGGCCCAUGAUAAAAAUAUCCUCGACUAUGACGGAUGGGCCGGGAGGCAAAUUAUUCCCGAUGGAGGCGGGUGGGCCCAUGCAGGGAAUAUAUAG